AUGGGGACGGUGGCUGCGGUGAUGGUGGCUGUGGUCGUGGCGGCGGGAUUGGCGUGGUCGUCUUCGGCGGGGAACGUCACCUACGACGGCCGCUCGCUCAUCAUCGGCGGCCAGAGGAAGAUCCUCUUCUCCGGUUCCAUCCAUUAUCCCCGAAGCACGCCCGAGGUUAAGCUCUCUCUCUCUCUCUCCUCGUUAUUCUUCUCCAUCUUCUUUCUUAGUAUUUUCUCGUCGUAUGCUCCUGUUCUGAGAUGUGGUGCGGGCAUCAGUGGGAUUCUGAAAUUCUCUGCGGAACGCAUGAACAAUGAGAGAGAGAGAGAGAGAGAGAGAGAGAGAGGUGGGGAGAGAAGCCUCUUCAGCCGUAGAAUCAGAGAUAAUCCAGACGACAGUUUCUUGAAGAAGACUCCUACAUACUGAGAAGAGCGACCUCUUUCAAAACCCAACCAGCAACCUCUUUUGGGUAACAGAAGCACAUUCCGUCUACAUUCUUCUUUUUUCCGUUAACAGAUCCGGAGCACCGCCUGCAAACUCGGCAACGACUUGCACUCCACAGAGAGAGAGAGAGAGAGAGAGAGAGCACAUGCGUAAUUGAAUAGUAUCGACAGAUCAGUCAAAAGGCUCUAGGAUUGAGAGUGAGUGAGUGAGAAGAAGAUGAGAUUGAUACCCGAAGAGGAAGAUAAAUGUAUAAUGUAUUCAAGUAGAGAGAGAGGGAGAGGGGGGGGGCUCCACCCCUCCUGUGGAAUCCCCAUUUCCUGUAGUCAGAUGAGCGCAGGCAGCUCCACUCGUUCCGCCACUGUGCUUCUUCGAGAUUUGAGAGUUCCCUUAAGAAGAAGAUGAAGAAGAAGGCAGCGCCACUUGAUGAACGCGCGGUCUCUCAUCCGGUCGACGCCAGAAUAUUCCAGCGGAGUUGGUGGAAGACGACGCCGCCCCUUCUGCAUCCUUGGCCGUUCGAGCGGCCCUGCUAUGUGGAUCUGCCUAACGGCCCUCGAUCGUCGUGCCGAGAUUAUUCCUCACAGCCGGAUCCGCCAGUCGCGGCCGCCGUCGCCCACUACUUUAUGUUUCGAUCUUCCGAUAUUCGAGUGGGGCUCACUCCUACCUCCAGAUUACUUGGGCCGAUCUCCCAGCAUAAUCAGAUCCAAAAGCUAGUUUCUUGAUUAUGGCGUCAUUAAUAAAUGAUGACGCUCUGCGUUGACUUGCAGAUGUGGCCGUCUCUCAUACAGAAAGCCAGGGCGGGAGGACUGGACGCGAUACAGACCUACGUCUUCUGGAACGUUCACGAACCCCUUCAGGGACAGGUUGGGUGGCCCUCCCCCCCUUCAGCGAUAGGGUUCCUUGGAUGGUCUGAAUAGUUGUGAUCGUCGUCUGAUGCUGUCUUCGUUGUUGACGGUCGGUUGCAGUAUGACUUCGCGGGGAGAUACGAUCUCGUGCGAUUCGUCAAGGAGAUACAGGCGCAGGGUCUCUAUGUGAGCCUCAGAAUCGGCCCUUUCAUCGAAUCCGAAUGGAAGUAUGGGUGAGUGCGGCGAUCAUGGUAGAUUGUCCUUCCUCUUCCCUCCUUUGCUGAAUACGUUUCUGGUGUGAUGUAGGGGUCUUCCCUUCUGGUUGCACGACGUCCCGGGCAUUGUCUUCCGAUCCGACAACGAGCCUUUCAAGGUGAUUACACUUGUGGUCGCGUUAGUCGUUCUUCGUACUGCUUGGCCCCGUUUCUUUCCCUCUCAACAUCUUCAAAUUCGCUGUGCAGUUCCACAUGCAGAGAUUUGUGUCGAAGAUAGUGAGCAUGAUGAAAUCCGAGCGGUUGUUUGCUUCUCAAGGAGGCCCUAUAAUACUCUCUCAGGUCAAGUAUGGUCUCCGCUUUACAUAGUGUUAAGGAACGAAGAUGGCUAGGGUUUUGACUGAGAGAUUGUUUCCUGAUGAAACUACAACCCGGAUGACAAAUGCAGAUCGAGAACGAAUACCAGAAUGUGGAGCCUGCAUUCCAUGCGAAGGGCCCACCAUAUGUUCGUUGGGCGGCGGCGAUGGCGGUGGGACUUGAAACCGGUGUGCCCUGGAUGAUGUGCAAGCAGGAUGAUGCACCUGAUCCUGUGGUACGUCGCUACGUCCACCUGUCCUCACAUGCGUACGUUUUAAGCCCUAGAAAUUGCAAGUUAUGGGAAAAAAAUGGAUUCGAAAUCUCGUUUAGGAUUCUGUUUGGGUGCAGAUCAAUGCAUGCAAUGGAAUGAACUGCGCGGAAACAUUCAAGGGACCCAACUCACCCAACAAGCCUCUUCUGUGGACGGAGAACUGGACCUCUAUGUAUGUUCUUGAUCGAACUCACUUUACCUUUUGCCAUGCAUUUAUAAUCUCAGUCAGUUGUAGCACUUACGUCUCUCUCUCUCUCUCUCCUUCUCUCUCUCUCUCUCUCUCUCUCUCUCUCUCUCUCUCUAUCUCGCUACAUAUAUAUAUACUCCUCUUCAUGACGAAAAUAUAAUACUAUUGAUAACCUGCACGUAAUACUCCUUAAAGGUUUCAGCGAUUUGGAGAAGAACCAUACAUAAGAACAGCAGAAGACAUCGCCUUUGCGACUGCACUGUUUAUCGCAAGGGGUGGAAGCUUUGUGAAUUACUACAUGGUGAGUUUCCCUACCCAUGUUUUUAUAUUCAGAAGAUCUUGAAGAGGAUCACAAGUGCAUUAAUCUCGUACGACUGCCUGAUGCAUUCAUUUUGAAAGAACCAUAACAUGAUGCGUUUCACCUGUCUUUCCAUAUUCAGAAGAUUCAUGUCUCAGAAAGCCCUUUCUUCAUCCUGCAAAGCUAAGAACCUGACGGUUCAAAACGUUCCAAGAUGUUCGGAUCUAAAACUGAUGAACCGUUUAUAAAAAAAUCGCGAAAUAUUCAACUUGCUUGAUUUAAAAUUAUAUAAAUAUUUUAAAUAAGCUUCUACACAAAGAUUAAUAUGGCUGAUGAGAAAAAAAGAAUGCACAUCAAAUGUUUUAAAAAUAUCUUCAGAGCCAUGUUUAAGUCUCAGGUUGACUUUGCCGUUAAAACCUGACGCAGUAUCAUGGAGGUACGAAUUUUGGAGGUUUUGGCUCUUCAUAUGUAACAACAAGCUACUACGAUCAAGCUCCGAUCGAUGAAUACGGUAGGUGGCAUGUAAUCAAGGUCAGAUAGCGGAUUCGACGCGUUCUUCUGAUUAGAUAAUCUUACAGGCUCUGUGAUUGUCAAAUGGCCAGGUCUCAUAAGGCAGCCGAAGUGGGGCCAUCUGAGGGAACUGCAUGCGGCGGUAAAAUCAUGCUCUGAUGCUUUGCUUACGGGAAGACAUAAAAACUUUUCCCUUGGCCAGCUGCAAGAGGUAAGAUUCCCUCCCACCCACGCUGACUUUUCAGGGUUUGACCUGGUGACAUAAGUCGUAUGUUCAUUUAGGUCAAUGUCUUUGAAGAAGCUUCCGGAAAAUGUGCCGCUUUCCUCUCGAACAGCGAUCGAAGACACAGCGCAACCGUUCAAUUUCGGAACGCCGUGUAUGAACUACCUGCGAAGUCAAUCAGCAUCCUACCAGACUGUCACACCGUAGUCUUCAAUACCGCUAAGGUGGGUCACUGGGAAUGGUAUGAAAAUAUUCAUGAGAUUACUGACUUGCUUCUUUUUUGUGAUCUUCAGCCAUUACUAUAAAUAGGUUUUUUCUUUCUCGAUCAGGUAAACAGUCAGUGGCGAACGCGAUCGAAUACAGUACGGCAAGUCCUCGAUCAUCCAGAGAGAUGGGGAGCUUUUGGUGAUAGGAUUGUGAGCAUGGGAGCAGCUCCUUUCUCUGCAACCGGCCUACUCGAACAAAUGACCACCACAAAAGCCGAAACAGACUAUCUUUGGUAUUCUACCAGGUAUCCCAUCAGUGAUACUUCUCUCUCUCUCUCUCUCUCUCUCUCUCUCUCUCUCUCUCUCUCUCUCGCUCUAUAUAUAUAUAUAUAUAUUCAUUUAAUACGUACCAACUCAGCUGAUUAAUGCCUGAUCUGACUGCAGUUACGAGUAUAGAUCACGCAUUGGGAGACCAGUCCUUCACGUAUAUUCUCUGGGCCAUGUGGUUCACGCUUUCAUCAAUGGUGUGUACGCUGGUGAGCAUCCUUGGAAGAAAAUCAAAUAAUCUCUACGAAAUGGCGAUCUCCUGGGGACGUGCGAGUGGCUGAAGCCUGUUUUCUUGUGUGCAGGAAGUUCACGCGACGUCCCCGGUGUACCAGGAACUGUUUUGGAGAAAGAAAUUGCAUUACAUCAGGGCGAAAAUAAUAUCUCAUUGCUCAGUGUCAUGGUUGGAUUACCAGUAUGUGCUAUAUGCGACAUGCCCUUCACUGAAAUCAUCAUGAAACUAGAUGAUGAGAUAAAUUAAAUGUCUAGCAUAGUUCUAUGUUAAUCAGGCUCUAAAUAUUUUCCACCAUUUUCCACUUUUAUUUAUUUAUUUAUUUAUUUGUCUAUCUCCUUGUUUCAUACCUGCCGUUUUGAAGGACUCGGGGGCGUACCUUGAGCGCAGAGUAGCUGGUCUCCGGAGAGUGACGAUCCGUGGCUCAAGAAAUAGAACCGAAGAUCUCAUCAGAUAUCACUGGGGUUACCAGGUUGCUCUCUCUCUCUCUCUCUCUCUCUCUCUCUCUGUCGCUCUCUCUCUCUCUCUCCUUAUAAGAUAUUGCCUUGGACAAUGGUAGCGCGGUCUGUGGGGCGAGAAGCUGAAAAUCUAUACGCAAGAUGGAUCCAGCAAAGUUGACUGGAUGGCUUCUGGAGUCUCCUCUGGACGGCGGCUCACGUGGUUCAAGGUGAUAUCGACGAAGGCCAUUUUGACCUCCAUGCGGUUCAAGUUUUUUAUAUAUUUUUAAAUAAAUCUGAUAAUUAACAUGGGUCAGACGACGUUCGAUUCCCCGCCUGGGGUUGACCCGGUGGCUCUGAACCUGGGAAGCAUGGGGAAAGGAGAAGCCUGGGUCAACGGGCUGAGCAUCGGCCGGUACUGGGUCUCGCGUCGAACACCGAACGGCCGGCCUUCUCAAUCACUGUAAGUGCGGAAAAUCUCCACCGAUCAUCACCCAAGAAUGACGUAAGUUACGAUGGGGAUGAAGAUCCGCCGUUGACUUUCUUUCAGAUAUCAUAUUCCUCGAUCCUUUCUGGAGCCUUCCGGAAACCUUCUGGUCCUCUUCGAGGAGGAGACGGGGAACCCUCUGCAGGUCUCAGUGGACACCAUCUCAGUCCGCGGCAUCUGCGGCGUUAUCUCCGAGGACCACCCGCCGUCGCUGUUCUCCAGACCGCCGCCUCUGCGGCAGCGGCGGCCGCCAAGCGUUGACCUCCAGUGCCCCGCCGGAAGCACAAUCUCGGCCGUCGAUUUCGCCAGCUUCGGUACGCCCACCGGAGAUUGUCGGAGCUACGCCACCGGCGGCUGUCACGUGUUCUCCUCCAAAGCAUUCGUCGAAGAGGUAAUCUCUCUCUCUCUCUCUCUCUCUCUGCGUGUAGCCCAGUUUCUUGUAUCAUUUCAUUGAUGCUUCCGUGAAAAUGAGCAGGCCUGCGUGGGGAAGGAGGAGUGCUCGAUCUCCGUCUCAGCUGAGCAAUUUGGCGGCGGGAAUCCCUGCCCAGGCGCCGUCAAGUCCCUCCUCGUAGUGGCAAGCUGUGGUUGA